UAGUUCUGCAUCGGAAAACAGCUGCUCCCAUCCUGCCAUGUCAGUGACCUCACUUUCAGAGCCUGACCUAAAUGGGUCGCCCUCCUUGUCCACAACUACUGAUGAGGAGUUGUCCAACCUAGAGAAAAAGACUCCUGGGGAUGGCAGAGCGAUGACCUACGCCAACGAGCUCAUAAACAACAUGUGGAACAACUUUUCUGUUGAAGAUUAUAUUAAGUAUGACUCAGACCUCCAAACAGCUAAGAAAAAAAGAAAGAAACCUAAAUCCUGGACGCCCAGGAUUACAGUGCCUGUGCCCUUUGAAAUGACAGUAAGGGAGCAGAAUCGGAGAGAGAAGGCCUCGAAUGCUCGGUCAGAUCUGGAAACGAGACAGAAGCUGCUCAAGACGACCGAGGACGAUGCAGAGUGUAAGAAGAAAUUCCGAGCCAAUCCUGUUCCUUCCGGCAUGCUCCUUCCCCUUUACGAGGAUCUAGUCAAGCAGAGUGAGGAGCGUAGGAAGAAGGCUCGGGAGAGGAGCAAAGCUGCACUCCUGGCCUCCCAGAAGCCCUUUAAGUUCAUUGCGAGGGAGGAACAGAAGCAAGCAGUCCGUGAGAAGAAGCUGAGAGACCUUUUUAGGGCUAAAAGGAAAACGAAGCAGUUUAAAGCCAGACCUGUGCCUCAUUUUAUUUACAGGCCAGCUGCAAAUGACAAGCCAAAGGAAAAAGAGCUCUAUGGGGUCAGCAGGAUGCAGCCAAAGGCUAGAGAUCUGCUACAGAAUUCACUUUGGUCCAGUCGGCCAACUUACAGACAUUUCAGGGACCCCAGAAGUCCUGCAAAGCCAAGGGGUAAACACAGGCGUAAGUGCCUGAGCCCGGGUGAUGGAGACUUGGAGAAAUGGAGGAAAUCCUUCUCUGAACACAGCUUUCUGAAAUGCCCAGUGCUUUGUGAACAGUGUUGUCUUCUUGAAUCCCCGUGUGACUCCGAUAAAAGACAGAAACUCUUGGUAGACAUCAGAUCAGAUGAAGAAAAUUUGAGAGAAACAUGCAAGCCUAAUCUGUCUCCUAGGCGUAAAUCACCCAGAAGAAGCAAGUACAUGAAGCCCAGGCCCCGUGAAUGCAGCCCACCGAUGCCCACCACGUCUUCCCGAGGGCGGGAGCAAGCCAUCAGGUAAGGCACCGG